AUGUCUCCUCAGAUUUCUGGCAUCACUGGACGUCCGUUAUCCUCAGCAACAUUCCCCCAUAGAUCAUCAAGUGUAUCGUCGACAAAAUCCCGGAUGAAAAUAGCCUUCACAGAGAGCAGAGCUGGGAAUAGGACUAUUGAUCUGAGCCUGAAUCCGAUCACAACCCUAAUCAAGUGUACCUGGAUGCUCUCAACCUUGCAACGACCUCGUGGUGAAAUUGCUGGCGUCAUCUGGGCCCUUGAUGUGGGAGCUAGCAUUCACUCUGAUGAUGCGACGGAGGCAGUCACCUACUGCACCACCUCCCCAAACGCUGUCAAGACUGGCCAUAUGGUUCCUUUGAACCUUGAAAACCAAGUAACUGCCAUUCACUGGGCCGCUUUCGAUGGGCACAAGAAAAUUGAGUUGCUACUCCUGACUCAUGGGGCCAAUAUCAGCCAUAGAGUCAGAAUCGACGCUCAUGAGAGGCUUACUCGCCCGAGGUUGCCGGCUGAUCAGUAG